UCACCUGAAAUAUAAUAUAUAUUCGCAUACGUGUCUGCCAUUUAAGCGAAAUAAAAAAGAAUUUAAAAAACACGAUGUAAUUUUUGUCAAAAUAUUUACUUUGCACAAUGCGUCUCAGAAAAACCGUCUCUCUUUUUAUAACUCUAGCAACUGUAACAAGUUUUAUUGGUAUACUUAUUCUUACGGAAAACUUUGUACUAAACAAUCGUUCUAAUAAAUUCGACGAGGAAAUAUUACACUCUAAACGAGGAGAUGUUGAUAUUAUUGACUCGCAACCGCAAAAUAAUGAAAAUACUGAAUAUAAUGAAGAUUCAUUAUAUAAUAAUUUAGAGAUAAAACCCGCCAGCGAUAUACAGAUGUUGGAGCUGUAUAAGCAAAUUAAAUUUGAUAAUAAAGAUGGAGGAGUAUGGAAACAAGGCUGGAAUAUAAAAUUAAAUAAUAGUAGAUGGAACCAGCAAAGAAAAUUAAAUGUUUUUGUAGUACCGCAUUCUCAUAAUGAUCCUGGUUGGAAAUUAACCAUCGAUGAAUAUUACGAAGAUUACACUAACAGUAUUUUGAAUAAUAUCGUCGCUAAAUUAAAAGAAGAUUCGCGAAGAAAAUUUAUCUGGGCUGAAAUAUCAUAUUUUUCAAUGUGGUGGAAUGAUAUCAGCAACCAAAAAAGAGAAUCCGUAAAACAAUUAUUAAAACAAAAUCAACUGGAAAUUGUAACAGGUGGCUGGGUGAUGAAUGAUGAGGCCAAUUCUAAUUGGUUGUCCAUUGUCCAUCAACUUUCUGAAGGACAUCAGUGGCUGCAAAAAAACUUAAAUUAUACACCUCGUAGCGGAUGGACAAUAGAUCCCUUCGGCCUGAGUCCUACACAAGCAUUUUUAUUAAAAAAUUCCGGAUUUCAAAAUUUGCUUAUUCAAAGAGUUCAUUAUGCUGUAAAAAAGCAAUUAGCUUUGCAAACUGACCUGGAGUUUAAUUGGAAGCAAAUUUGGGAUGACGUCGGAGAAACUCAAUUGUUCACUCAUAUGAUGCCAUUUUAUUUUUACGACAUUCCACAUACUUGUGGUCCAGAUCCAAAAGUUUGUUGCCAGUUCGAUUUUAAGCGAUUUUCAAAAUUCGGAUUGUUUUGUCCAUGGAAGGUUCCUCCGAAACUUAUAACAGAUCAAAACGUUGCUGAAAGAGCUGCACUUUUACUGGACCAAUACAAAAAGAAAUCGAUGUUAUUUAGAAGCAACGUCCUUUUGAUACCCUUGGGCGAUGAUUUUAGAUAUAGUCUUAGUAGCGAAUGUGAUGAACAAUUUGAUAAUUAUCAAAGACUCAUGGACCACAUGAAUCAUAAUGAAAACAUGAACGUACAGAUCCAGUUCGGUACCCUCACCGAUUAUUUUGAUGCCGUCCAUAAAGAAAUGAAAGACGAAGAUUUUUCUACAAUUUCCGGUGACUUUUUUACUUAUUGUGAUGUAGACGAUCAUUAUUGGAGUGGCUAUUAUACUUCAAGACCGUUUUAUAAAAGAAUGGAUAGAAUUCUACUACACUACUUAAGGGGAGCAGAGAUAAUUUUAUCAUUAACUCAACUAAGUCGUAAAUUUCAUUUAAAUUGGGAAUAUUUUGAAACGAUUUUGUCGAAAGCAAGACAAUCAUUAGCGUUAUUUCAACAUCACGAUGGCAUUACUGGAACUGCAAAGGAUCAUGUAGUUAUCGAUUACAGCGAAAGAAUGCUCAAUUCUAUAAACAAUUUACAAGAAGUUAUCAGUGAUUUGGUUAACGUUUUAUUAGCAGAAGAGAGUGAAAGUGGUAUAGGGGAUGGCGUUUAUAAAAUUGACGAUGUAUGGACUAAACAAGACAGUUUAUCUCAACAGUACGAAAUAGAUGCAAGCAAUUUUUUAGGUUUUAAAACUGUUGCGAUCUACAAUUCUUUGCCAUUUGAAAGACAAGAAGUAGUAACUUUUAUGAUUUCCACUCCAUUUGUACAGGUUUUGGACAUUGAAGGGAAAACCAUUGAAUGUCAAAUUUCUCCAAUUUUUGAACAAAUUAAUAAACAAUUAAGAAUCUUAGACAUUUAUGAAUUAUCGUUCGUGGCAAUAGUUAAACCUUUAGCAUUGGCACGUUACACAAUACAAACAGUAGAAGAAAAGGAUGUCCCCAGUGAAACGUAUUAUUCCAAAAUAAAAUUAAUUAAUUAUAACAAAAAUGAUGUUAUUGAUAGUGGUGUAGCAACCGGGGUUUUUAAAAAUUUGGACGUGAUUCCUCGUGCAAGUAGUUUUUCUUUAGUAAAUGACCAUUUCAAAGCAAACUUUGCGUCAACAGGACUAUUAGACUCUAUUGAAAUUGGUGAAAAAUCGACGCCAGUACAACUGGAUUUUGCAAAAUAUGGGGUGCGAAAUAAGGCGGUACGAAGUGGAGCUUAUUUAUUUUUACCGGAUGGCCCUGCGGUACCAUUGAAAAAUAAAAACAAAAACAUUAAAGUAAUCGAGGGACCAAUUGUUUCAAAAGUGCAAGUCAAUCUAUUUACAGUUAAUCAUACAGUAAAAAUAUUUAAUUACUUAGGAGCCGAAAAGUUUGGAAUAGAAGUCGAAAAUUUAGUUGAUAUUAAAAAAACGCAUAAUUUCGAGCUGGCUAUGAGGCUUACAACGGACAUCAAAAGUUCCGAUGAUUUUUUUACUGAUUUGAACAAUUACCAAAUUUUACGAAGAAAACGUUUCUCUAAACUUCCACUUCAAGCCAAUUAUUAUCCAAUGCCGUCAAUGAUUUAUAUCGAAGACCAGAAAUUACGAUUAACGGUGGUAACUGGUACCCCUUUGGGAUGUUCGUCGCUCAGAGAGGGACAAGUGGAAAUAAUGCAAGACCGUAGACUCAAUCAAGAUGACAAUAGGGGUCUCGAACAGGGCGUUCUAGACAACCAUCCAACGCGACAUAUCUUUAGAAUUAUUUUGGAAGAAAGGAAAACAUCUGACUGCUUUGAAACAACAGAUACUGAUCCUCAAGGCUUUCCAACUCUUGCAUCAGAAAUCGCAUCACAAACUCUGCUAAAUCCACUAAUAAAAUUAAUUAAAACUGACGAAAACGUUAUGCUCACUCGUUCUUCCUCGUAUGCGCCACCAACCGUUAAUUUUGGAGUUGGUUAUUCAUUACCAAUUUUAAGAAGUGGAAUAAAAGUAAAGGAUAAAAAUUAUGUGGGGAUCACCUUACAUAAUAAACGUUUAGAUUUUUGUUUUGUCAAAGAAUAUCAAACACUUCAACAGCAGUCACAGACGGUCAAUUUAAAGGCCAUUUUUUCACCCAAUGGACCUGGAACACUCAUCAGAUCAUCUCUAACAUACUUACACUUGUAUGAAGAACGAGACGUAGAUGAAGACUUAGAGCUGUCUCCUAUGGAAUUAAGUACAUAUUUGUUUGCUAUUUGAUGAAAAGAGAAACAGUUUUGUUACCUAAAUCGUUUCUAUUUAUUUUCCAAUUUUAAAUAAAUAAAAAUGUUAGUAACGAAACAAUUUAAUAAUUACCAAAAAGCUCAAAUAAAAAUACAAAUGUGCAUUUUAACAACAUUUUGUUUUUAUAAAGCUCAAAAAUUCCUUAAUUGCAAAAAAUUACAUGGUGAAUUACGUUUUCUUUUGUGACUGUAGUACAUUACUAAUUUAGAGUGUGUAAGUUGUACAUUCUCUUCCUAAACUGAUACAAUACCAUUUUUUUGUACUUUCCAUUUUAUUUUUUACAUUUUUCAGGAGAUUAUGGAUUUUCGUGCUCGAUUAAGGUCUGUAUAGUGUAUAUUGGGUAAAUACCUACUUUGCUAUUAACAAUUUAAUUGUUUAAAAUAAUUAAUUGAGGCAGAAUUAUAAGAAUUAUAUACUUUUCUUAGUUUAAAAGUUAUUACAUGUUAAAUUGAUAAUUUAUGAAGUAUUACAUUCAACAUUCCAAAAGAAUCACUUCUUCAAAUAAGUGAAAUUGUAAAUAAUCAAAUGUUGGAAAAUUUUAUUU